AUGUGGAGUACACAUGCAGACAAGAUUGACCGAAAAUUUAUACUGUUGAAACUGGGAGAUGGGUAUAUAAGGCUUUGCAAUCAGCUCUGGAGCACAGAGUUGCGCCAUUGGCGCCAGAGCAGGGCUUCCUGCGCACGCGGCAGGUGCACGUGGGCGCUGACUGCGCAGGCGCUACGCUGGCGCGGGAGGACGGGCUGGGCUCUUGGGAGCGAGGUGAGCACAGGGUGCUCAUCUGGGCGGCAGGGCUUCCACGCAAAGGCAGAAGUCACCCAGGCCAGGCUUCAGAGACAGACAUCUGUGAAUGUUGCAUUGCCGCUUAAUAGGAUGUCAAGAAAUAACUUGGAGGCAUCUGCCUGUAAAAUGACAGAGCCAUUUAAUUUUGAGAAGAAUGACAGCACGCUUCCGCCACAUGAUGCUUUACGAAGUCCUGGAGGACAUCCUAACCAUCCUAAUUUCAGGUUGAAAAGCCCAGAGACUGGAAAUAAGAAGAACAAUUUUUUGCUUUGUGAGCAAACCAAACAGUAUUUGGUUAGUCAGGAAGACAGUUCAGUAUCUUCCAACCCUAAUGGCGUCAGUGGAGAAGCGGCUGGAUCCAGAGGAGACAGGAAGAUGUUGCCAACAGGUAAUCCUGUGUCACCAUUAAAUAUUGGAAAUAAUUCACCACCCAAAGAAAUAAAUAGUAAGCCUAGCAAUAAUGUGCCUCCUGCAAAGUCAAAAAAAGGAGACAAGUUGGUUGAGAAUUCCUUGUCCAUAAACAACCCAGCGCUCUUCAGCUCCUUGGGACCUCCUCUUAGGUCGACCACUUGCCAUCGCUGUGGCCUGUUUGGGUCACUGAGAUGCUCACAGUGCAAACAGACGUACUACUGCUCCACAGCGUGUCAGAGAAGGGACUGGUCGGCCCACAGCAUCGUGUGCAAACCUGUUCAGCAAAAUUUCCGCAAACUUGAAGAUAAUAAAUCACCUUUUGAAACAAAGAACUUGGAAGUGAAAAAUGAGAGUGACUAUCCUCUUGGAGUUACUAAAGAAAUAGCCGUUUGUGCUGGUAAAAUAAUGUUUUCUGAUUUGAGAAGCCUACAACUCAGGAAAACCAUGGAAAUAAAGGGUACAGUUACUGAAUUCAAACACCCAAGCGACUUUUAUGUGCAGUUAUAUUCUUCAGAAGUUUCAGAAUACAUGAACCAACUCUCUUCGAGCUUAAAGGAAACAUAUGCAAAUAAGGCGCAUGAAGAGGAUUAUAUUCCUGUGAAGGGAGAAGUUUGUGUUGCCAAGUACACUGUGGACCAGACCUGGAACAGAGUACUGAUACAAGACCUCGAUGUGCUGCAGAAGAAGGCCCAAGUCUUGUAUAUUGAUUAUGGAAAUGAAGAAAGAAUUCCAGUAAACAGGAUUCACAAGCUGAGCAGAAACAUUGACUUGUUUCCUCCUUGUGCCAUAAAGUGCUUCGUGGCCAGUGUUAUCCCAGCAGAGGGGAAUUGGAGCAGUGAUUGUGUCCGAAGUAUCAAGUCGCUGUUGCUGGAGCAGUGCUGCUCUGUGAAGAUUGUGGACAUCUUAGAAGAGGAGGUGGUUACCUUUGCUGUGGAUGUGAUGCUGACGAGUUCGGGAAAACUCUUAGACCAUGUGCUCAUUGAAAUGGGAUAUGGUUUGAAACCCAAGGGACAAAAUUCUAAGAAGCAAAGCGCAGAUUCAGGUGAUCUUGACGAUGUUGGAAAAAUGACAGCUGAAAACAAAAUUGUGGUAGACAGAAGUGAUCUCAUCCCCAAAGUGCUGACUUUGAAUGUAGGUGAUGAGUUUCGUGGCGUGGUCGCCCACAUUCAGACUCCAGAAGACUUCUUUUGUCAACAGCUGCAAAGUGGGCAUAAGCUUGCUGAACUUCAGGCGUCCCUUAGCCAGUAUUGCAGCCAGGUGCCGCCACGCUCGGAUUUUUACCCAGCCAUUGGUGAUAUCUGCUGCGCUCAGUUCUCCGAGGAUGCCCAGUGGUACCGGGCCUCCGUUUUGGCCUAUGCGUCUGAGGACUCUGUGUUGGUUGGCUAUGUAGACUAUGGAAACUUUGAAAUCCUUAGUUUGACGAGACUUUGUCCCAUAACUCCAAAGCUGUUGGAGUUACCGAUGCAAGCUAUCAAGUGUGUGCUGGCAGGAGUAAAGCCAUCAUUAGGAAUUUGGACUCCAGAAGCUAUUUGUCUGAUGAAAAAAAUUGUGCAGAACAAAAUGAUCACUGUGAGAGUGGCGGACAAAUUGGAAAACAGUUCCCUGGUGGAGCUUACAGAUAGAUCUGUGACGCCCCACAUCAGUGUCACCCAAGUGCUCAUCGAUGCAGGCUUUGCCGAGGGGGACAAAGGGGUCGUGCCAGAUAAGCCCAGUGACUUGAAAGAAGCCAGUGGUGUUCCCUUGGGUUUAGAAGCAAAAGUCAGUCGAUUGGAGUGGACAUGGGUUGAACUUGCUGUUGAUCAAACAGUAGAUGUUGUGGUCUGUAUGAUAUAUAGCCCUGGAGAAUUUUACUGCCAUGUGCUUAAAGAGGAUGCUCUAAAGAAACUCAAUGACUUGAACAAAUCACUAGCAGAAUAUUGCCAGCAGAAGUUGCCUAACGAUUUUAAGGCAGAAAUAGGGCAACCUUGUUGUGCUUUUUUUGUAGGUGAUGGUAAUUGGUAUCGAGCUUUAGUUAAGGAAAUCUCACCACAUGGAAACGUUAAAGUACAGUUUGUGGAUUAUGGAAACAUUGAAGAAGUGAUUGCCGACGAACUCCAAAUGAUCCCAUCAAAAUUUCUAAAACUUCCAUUUCAAGGGCUGCACUGCUGGCUAGUAGAUAUACAGCCUAGAAACAAACAUUGGACUAAAGACGCCAUAGCAAGAUUUCAGACAUGUGUCUCAGGGAAAAAACUCCAAGCCCGAGUGGUUGAAAUCUCUGAAAAUGGAGUGGGAAUUGAACUCACCGAUCUUUCCAGUUCUUACCCCAGAAUAAUUAGUGAUAUUCUGAUUGAUGAACAUCUGGUUUUAAAAGUCAGUUCACCAUGUAAAGUCUUAGUAAAAAACAGACCUGUUAACAAACACGAUCUUCAAACUGAUGCCUCAGGACUUCAAGCCAUUUCUUCAACUGAGCAGUAGACAGUAGAAUUGCCAGUUAAUAAAACUGUACAUGCAAGCGUAUUGGAAAUCAUAAGCCCAAACUUGUUUUAUGCUCUCCAAAUGAAAUACCAGGUAAGAAACCAAGCCAAACUGUGUGCAUUGACGGCUGAGUUGGUAGAAUAUUGCAAUUCUCAGAAAAGUCCAUUGGCCUAUAGACCGAAAACUGGAGAUGCAUGCUGUGCCAAAUACACAGAUGAUGAUCUCUGGUACCGCGCUGUUGUUCUGGGGACCUCAGAUGCUGAUGUGAGAGUGCUCUAUGCAGACUAUGGAAACAUUGAAACUCUGCCUCCUUGCAGAGUGCAGCCAAUCUCUGCUAACCACCUGGAGCCCCCUUUCCAGAUUAUUAAAUGUUCCCUUGAAGGGAUAAUAGAAUUGAAUGGAAGCUGUUCUCAACUACUGCUAGAACUACUGAAAAAUUUCAUGUUGAAUCAGAAUGUAAUGCUUUCUGUAAAAGGAGUGACCAAGAAUGUCCACGCCGUGUCUGUUGAGAAGUGUUCUGAGAAUGGUACCGUUAGUAUAGCUGAUAAGCUGGUGACAUACGGUCUGGCAAAACACAUCACGUCUAAGAAGCAAAGUGCUUCACAGAAAGAAAAGACAAACAGGAUGAAUUGCUGCUGUACAGCAUUACAGAAACAAGUUGAAAAACAUGAACAGAUUCUUCUUUUCCUCCUAAACAAUCCAACCAAUCAGAAUAAAUUUAUCGAAAUGAAAAAAUUGUUAAAAAGUUAAGUAAGUUGUAUUUGAUGUUUUUGCCCCUCUGUAACCACCAGCAGGACGUCUCCAGCCGUGCUGUCAGGGCAGGGCUGGGCUAGGGGGUGAAACGCAUUUUGCGGCUAUACUUUAUUUUGUGGUCUAAAGCUCUUCGGUCCGGCUGUGAUGUUUUUGCUGCCUUCCUAGGUUUUGUUGGGUGACCUCCCUUUGAUUCUGCUGGUGGGACUGAUGGCGGUCCAGGUUGCAACUUCCUUUCCUUCCUGUGGUUUGACGUAGAGAAAGCUCUUGAUGCUAUGUGCAGGGACUUGUGAAAAUUGUUGUGAGGUCAAGCUUACCCUGAAAUUCUUUUGUGUCCAGAGUGAAAUUACCUCUACCUUGCAUGUACUUCUAUAAAAACAUUUAGCACUUCUUGUGAAGAGGGGCCAAGAAGGGAAAGUGGGCUGCAGUGGUAGUGUAUUUCAUUUCAAAACAGAGCAUACCCUUCCUCUUUGGCUGCGGUGACUCUGGUUAAAGAGGAUAUUGGUGAGGUUUGAAUAGUGGCCCCCCAGCUUUUUUACUGCCUGGGAUCCUUUGUUCUAAGAAGGCCCUCAGAAAUUACUUGGUGAUCAGUAGCCAAUUAGAACCUUUGCUCAAAAUGAAAUUGCCCUGGCCAUUUUGAGGUGGUCGAAUUCCAGCCGAAAGCAAAGGAACUUUGACUUCAUACUUGCAUUCUUGUGGGCCAGAGUGCAGUGUGUAUCUGACCGUUUGCAAAAUCCCAAGGUCAUACUGCUCUGUGGGGCUCUGUGUGUGUAGCAGAUCUCAAGGAGACACCUACCGGGGUCAGGCGUAUGCUCCAUGUGUGACGGAUGGUUGUUUUGUUUGUUUCUAAAAAAGUACGGCUAAGUUCUAAGGUAAAUGUCAUUCAUGCAUGAUCAACAGUUUGAUUCUCCUGAUUUAUCUUGUGAUGAUUUAUUGAUUUUAGUUCACAAGUUUUGGUUUAUUUUUAAUAAAUUCAGACUUAUAAUUGCAAUUACAAUUUUCAGUCCUUUCUAAUGCAUCGUUUUAAUGCUGACUGCUGUUUCAUGUACUUGAGUUUAAAAUCUUAAAUUUAGUGAUAAUUUAAAUGUCAUAGAUUGAGGAACAUGCAAUGACAAGAAUUUCUGGAAUUUAGUCCUAGUGCCACAUUAUCAUAUUUUUAAUCAAGUUGAUUAACUUGUGUAUGUUUUUAUCUCUGUAUCUGUGCAGUAAGCUUUUUUUCCGUAAGAGUAUUGGGAGUGCUUGAGUACACAACUUCAAAUGAAACCUGUAUUUUCUGUUGUUUCUAAGUAGAUUGAAGAUGUUACUUAAAAGCAACAAAACAACCAAACAAAAUGCUUGAUUUAAAACAUAGUAGUUGAAUUGGCUUUUCCCCUUUUGUGGGAAUCAAUAUGUAUUUUGUCUACCUUCGAAUACAGUAUAAUACCAUCUAUUUGGGUAGUGCCUUAUUUAAAAAGCACUUUUACAUCUGGUCACAUAAGCUUCAUAAUAUCCUGAAGAUUAGUAAAAGAAGGUAGACCUCAUUUUAUAGAUGAGAAAAUGAAGGCUCAAGGAGAUUAAACGGCUGCCUCCAAAUCACACACACAGACUGGAAAGUGGAUCUUAGUACUCACCAAAGCUGCGUUCUCUGUACUGCCCUUUGCUGCUUACCCCUGUGUGCUGUGCCACAGUAGAUUGGCUCUGAAGGGCAUGGAACUAAGGGGUUAUAUUAUUGGCGAAAAUUACAUACAUGGUUCCUUAAGCAUUCUUCCUUUAUUGUGUUGAAAAUAUGGUUGAACGUUUAGUUGUUUAAAUCAUUCUUCCUUGAGAUAGAGAAAAUGUGCUUCAAGUUUCAGUGUCUCAUUAUCUCUGGAGAAGUUUAAUUUGUUAGUAAUUGUAAGAUUGCUGAGCUAGGAGUGAAGCGAGAUUAGAGAACAUAAAAGUCUCAUUACUCAAAAGUGAUCAGUAUUUCAACAUGCAAGUUAAUAUAAAAUAUUUUUAUAUUUCAAAGGAAGCUAUAUUUUAUAUAUGUGAAAAGGAAUACAAACAGCUAUACUGAACAUAAGGCGCUAUUAUGGUCAUGGUGAAUUUUUUUAAUUGGCAGAUCUUAUUCAUUUUUUACUUCAUUUAUUUGCUUUUUAGGGCCACACCUGCGGCAUAUGGAAGUUCCCAGGCUAGGAGUCAAGUCAGAGCUGCUGCUGCUGACCUGUACCACAGCCACAGCAAUGCUGGAUCCUUAACCCAUUGAGCAAGGCCAGGGAUCGAACCUGGGUCCACAUAGAUACUAGUCAGGUUCGUUACUGCUGAGCCACAACGGGAACUCCUGGCAGAUCUUAUUUAAAUGUGUAAUUUCUGUUAAAAGUGAAUAUUUGGUUUGCUUGUACUUAAGAUAGAAGUUAAGAACCAUAGUGAUUGAGUUUUUAUAUAAGGCAUAAUGAUAGCCGAUUUUUCUCUUGCAGAAACAGUCUCUGUUGGAGAUAAACACUUAUGAGAAAGGAAACAGCGAAGGCUAGACUUAGGAGAGAAAGUACAGCGUCCUGUGUUUUGUUUAUUGGAAACUUUUUCUUUAAUGACCUUUUGUGCCUUCACUUUUGUCUGCUUACCUUUCUCUUCUUGAAGCUGGGUAGUUUUAUUUUUUCCCAAGUUCUUCUUUCCAAAUUAAGCCUUGCAGAAAAGAUUUCUGCCAAAUGCAUGGGAAUAUUGGGAAGGGGAUAUAUAGGGGCUUUCUAGUGUACAUACAGUCUUUAUUACUUAAAGGUGCUGAAGAAACUGUGGCUCCAGGUUAAUGCUGGAUAAACCUGGUUGAUGGAUACACGAGUUUUAUUUUUUGGACUUUUCUAUAUGUUUGAUGUAUUUCAUAAUAAAUGCCCUGCUCUUCCUGUCAUAAUCUGCUUCUAACACAUAAUAAAUGUUCUUUGGUUUGUUGUUGCUCCA